AUGACAGUUGUUCAUUUGGAGACCGUCUGCUCCUCGAAGAUUGUUUGUGGACUUGUGCCAAGUCAGGCUAGUUGGUUGGUUGGAUGCGUCACGCAGGAUGCGUCACGCAAGAUUCAGCUCAAAUCCCUUCCAACAAUUCAGGAUCCAAAUAAUAAUAGUAAUUUGUUUCUGAUGUUUAAUCAAUUUGUUUGUUUAUUUGUUUUUAUGAACAAUAUUACAGUCUCAUCUUGUUAUAGAGAAAACAAUGAUAUGAUUAUCCCAUCUCCAAGAUCAGAGAGUGAAAUCCUUUCAUCAACUCAUGCCAAGGCAUUCUCAUAUAACGAGCUAAGGAACGCCACCAGAAACUUUCGCCCUGACAGUCUUCUUGGCGAAGGUGGAUUCGGUUAUGUAUUCAAAGGUUGGAUUGAUGAACAAUUGCUCACUGCUUCCAGGCUAGGUUCUGGCAUCGUUGUUGCUGUCAAGAAACUUAAACCUGAAGGCUUCCAAGGUCACAAGGAGUGGUUGACGGAAGUUAACUAUCUUGGCCAACUUCUUCAUCCGAAUCUGUUUAAGCUUAUUGGGUAUUGUUCAGAAGGUGAUAAAGAUAAGCUCUUGGUUUAUGAGUUUUUGCCAAAAGGGAGCUUGGAGAAUCAUCUUUUCAGAAGAGGACCUCAACCACUUUCAUGGUCCAUAAGGUUCAAAGUGGCCAUAGGAGCUGCAAGAGGCCUUUGUUUUCUACACGAUAACGAGGAGCAAGUCAUAUAUCGUUAUUUCAAUGCUUCCAAUAUCCUACUAGAUACGGAUUUCAAUGCAAAACUGUCGGAUUUUGGGUUGGCCAAGGCAGGACCAACUAGAGAUAAGACACACGUAUCGACUAAAGUGAUGGGUACCCACGGUUAUGCAGCACCAGAAUAUUUUUUCUUAUAUAUAGAAUCAACUUUCAUACAUUAUUUUUGUGAUUUUGUCAAUCAACAAACAGGUCGGUUUACGACAAAAAGUAAUGUGUAUAGUUUUGGAGUAGUGUUACUCGAAUUGCUAUCUGACCGUCGAGCAGUUGAUAAGUCAAGAAUGGGUGUAGAACAGAAUCUAGUGGAGUGGGAUAUUCUUUAUUUAGGGGACAAACAGAAACUAUUCAGGAUUAUGGACACAAAAUUAGAAGGACAAUAUCCUCAAAAAGGAGCUUUUAUGGCUGCUAACCUUGCUCUGCAGUGUCUAAAAUCAGAGCCUUUCGAGUUAUAG